UUAUUUUUUACACAUACGACGUCAUUCCUCGCGUGUGGUGGGUUGUGACGUCGGUCCUCAUCUGAAACGCAUCAUCUGGCAACCCAUCACAGUUCCUCUCCAGCGAAGCUAAGCUACAUCACUACUGCGUUUCCCAUCACUGCUGGAUAGAGCACUAGAACCCUUGGAUCAACGCGCAAAAAUAGUGCGGGGAAAAUAUAUUAAACAUCUCAGGGGUGUAACAGAGGAGGGAAGGUGCACUCAGGAUGGUCACCAUUCCAGAGUACUACGAGGGGAAAAAUGUUCUCAUCACAGGGGCCACAGGCUUUAUGGGGAAAGUACUUCUGGAGAAGCUGCUACGCUCCUGUCCCGGUGUCAAAGCUGUCUAUGUGCUUGUCCGGCCCAAAGCAGGACAGGCACCCGAUGCCCGUAUCGCUGACAUGAUCAACUGCAAGCUUUUUGACAGGCUGCGGGAGGAGCAGCCCGAUUUUGCAGAGAAGAUCGUGGCAGUCAAUAGCGACCUGACGCAGCCAGAUCUGGAUCUGAGCACGAAAGACCAGGAGACCCUCUCGGGCUGCGUUAACAUGGUGUUUCAUUGCGCUGCCACUAUCCGCUUCAACGAGCCUCUGAAAGAUGCCAUGCAGUUGAAUGUGCUGGCAACGCAGAAGAUGGUUAGCUUGGCUCACAGAAUGAAGCAUUUGGAGGUGUUCAUCCACGUCUCCACAGCCUACGCCCACUGUGACCGAGAGCUCAUCGAAGAGGUGGUCUAUCCACCUCCUGUCGAUUACAAGAAGCUUAUAGACACACUUGAGUGGAUGGACGACAAACUUGUCUCUUUAAUAACACCAAAGCUGUUAGGUGAGCGGCCUAACACAUAUACGUACACUAAAGCCUUGGCAGAGCACCUCGUCCAGCAGGAGUGUGGAAACCUCAAUAUCGCCAUCGUCAGGCCCUCUAUAGUCGGAGCCAGCUGGAAGGAACCGUUUCCCGGCUGGAUUGAUAAUUUCAAUGGCCCUAGCGGGAUAUUCAUCGCUGCAGGGAAGGGGAUUCUACGAACAAUGAGGGCUUCAAAUAGCGCUGUCGCUGACCUCGUGCCAGUCGACGUGGUCAUAAACACCACUUUGGCCGCUGCCUGGUAUUCCGGUUCCCAGAGGCACGCUAGGCCGAGAAAUAUGUUGGUGUACAACUGCACAACAGGCGGGAUCAAUCCUUUUCACUGGGGUGAAGUUGAGUACUGCAUAAACAUGACGUUCAAGACCAACCCCUUAGAACAGGCUUUCAGACGCCCCAAUGUUAACCUGCGAUCCAACCCUUUUACCAAUCAGUACUGGACCACAGUGAGUCACACCCUUCCUGCCCUGCUGUAUGACGGGUUUCUCAUGUUGACGGGUCAGAAGCCCCGGAUGAUGAAGACAAUUACUCGGUUGCACAAGGCCAUGAUGGUGCUGGAGUACUUCACUAGCCACUCGUGGGUGUGGAACACGGACAACGUCACCAUGCUCAUGAACCAGAUGGGAGCUGAGGACAAGAAGGUAUUUAACUUUGACGUCAGGCAGUUACACUGGGCAGAAUACAUGGAGAAUUACUGCAUGGGCACUAAGAAGUAUGUUCUCAACGAAGAGUUGUCAGGACUCCCAGCGGCACGCAAACACUUGAACAAGCUGCGGAACAUUCGCUAUACUUUCAACACCAUCUUGGUAGUUUUGAUCUGGCGCAUCUUCAUCGCCCGUUCACAGAUGGCCAGAAACAUCUGGUACUUCGUCGUCAGCUUGUGCUUCAAGUUCCUCUCCUAUUUCAGAGCCUCCAGCACCAUGAGAUACUGAAUCCACCCCAACUGUCCUCCCCCCCCCUCUCUCUCUCCCGACGGCUAUGCACACACUUCUGCUUUGCGACACUCCGGACUCUGAGGGUCAAGCGUACGGGCAUAGUAUCCGCUAUCCUCCCCUCCCGCGCAAGUGCGCCCUCAACAUCACAGAGUGCGAGUGCACUCAACUGCUAUGUAGAAAGCAUGAUUUUUCAGGGCUCGAGGUCUAAGAAGCUCUCUCAGCACAAUGAGAGCGACUGCAUUCGUGCCGAGCGUGUUUAAGCACUUACUGUAUCUGUUCCACCUCCUGAACGCAAAACAGGUUGUGGGCGACGCUUGAUUAUUAUGGUUUACAUACUUGCUCAUACUUGUUGCCGGCAAUGGCCCCUUUCCAACUGUAAUCAACGAA